UUAUCAUGUAAACAAACCACCGAGAAAAAAACCCGUGACAUGAGCAAGUUUCACGUGCGAUAUAUAUAGUCCCACGAUUUCAUUCAUCAGUUAGUCUGCCAAAGUUAACGUGACGAAGAACAACGAAAGCAAGCAUCUUUCUUUGACAAUGGAUCUGAAAACAGACCACGGAGUGGACAAGUUGUUGAUAUGCUUAGUUUUGCUACUUGUUCCAGCCGUGAUUGCCCAAUUACCACCCGGCAGCCCUGUUAUCACUUCGUCAAAAGAGCGAAUUGAGAUUGGUGACAUUAUCACGUUGACUUGUACCUCCAAACGUGGUGUUCCAGCACCCAGUGUCAAGUGGUACAGAGGCGAAAACGAGGUUUCAUCGCUCUUCAACACUGUGGGCGAUCUAACGACAAACACCUAUACAUUUACAGCUAGUAAUCAAGAUCAGUUUGCAGUUUACGAAUGUCGGGUUUUCAACAACGUCUUGCAGAACCCACUGACCAAUACCAUAUUUAUAAUAGUAUAUGCGCCGUUAGAAGUGAACGCUCCAAGAGUAUCCUACUCGGUCCAGACGUCAAACAGUGUUACACUACAGUGUGUAGUUACCGGUACUGCUACUGCCAUUUAUUGGUACAAGAGCAACCAACUAUUACAAAUUGCUACGAAUAAUCGUUUAUCGGGAGCCAGUGUCCAGACUCCUUCCUUGACAAUCUCUAACGUAGCGCUAUCGGAUGGUGGCGAAUAUGUAUGUUCAGCGACAAAUGGUUAUGACACUAAAAGAUCCAGUAACAUCGUUCUAUCUGUGCAAGUACCAUUGGAAAUAAACGCGCCUUUGACAUUUUACUCGCCCCAGACGUCUACCAGUGUCACACUGACUUGUCGUGUCACUUCCGGUACUGCUGGAAAGAUCGAUUGGUACAAAGACAACCAACCAUUAGUAUUAGCUUUGAAUAACCGUUUUUCGGGAGGCAGUGUUCAGAGUCCUUCCUUAUUUAUAACGAACGUACAGCUAAGUGAUGCUGGCGAAUAUGUAUGUUCAGCGACAUCUGGUACCCAAACUAAAAAAACAAGCAUAAUCCGCCUGUCUCCGCAAGCCCCUCUGACAGUGAUUGCGCCAUCGACUUUGUAUUCGCCAAUGACGUCCACCAGUGUUACUUUGACAUGUCGGGUAACUUCCGGUACAGCUACUGAUAUCAAAUGGUACAAGGACGAUCAACAAUUAUUAAUUUCUUUGAAUUCUCGUUAUUCUGGAGGAAGUGUGGGGUCCCCUUCCUUGCUCAUCACUAAUGUACAACUAAGGGAUGGUGGCAAAUACAUAUGUUCAGGGUCAGAUGGUUCAGCAACUAGAAACACCACUACAAUGACUUUAUCGCCAAAAGCAACGCCAUCACAGCCCAUUCUAGUCGGCCCACAAUCGGUGACAGCUGGUUCGUCUAAUACUUGGACAUGUACUUCUACUGGUGCAUUCCCUGCGCAAACUAUGGCCGUGAGGAUUGGAAAUGAUCUGUUUACCAAUGAACUAACGACAAACUCGCUGUUCGAAUCCUUUGCCGGUUCCUAUCGAGUUGUAGGGCGAUUGGCGUGGGCACCAAGCAUGGAGCACAAUCAACAAAUAAUGUACUGUGAUGUCUUCCACCCACAAACAUUAAACAGUAAACAGACCGCAAGUAUGCAGCUGACAGUCAGAUCGGGUCUGUCCAUCACCGCUCCAAGAACUUUCUAUAAUCCUGCUGAAACGGAAACUGUCACACUAGCCUGUAUAGUGACUGCCGGAAACCCCACUGGGAUCAGUUGGAAGCAUGACAACAUAAAUGUAAUAAUAUCCGGUAAAAUGUCCGGAGGUACCAUAUCCAAUCCGGCAUUGAGAAUAUCCAAUGUUGACAUGAGUGAUGCUGGUACCUAUGUAUGUGAAGCUACAGAUGGUAGUGCUACCGUUAGAACCAACAACAUCCAGUUGUCUCCAAUAGAAAAACCUGUGUCCGAGUUCGACAUUAUAACUACAAUUCUUAAGGGAUACAACAGAUUUGUGAGACCAAUCGAUCCAGUUGUUAGGGUGACCCAUUCUUUAAUUCCAAAAGAAAUGGUGAAAUUUGAUCAUGAGAUGCUUGCUUUCGACGCCUUGCAAUGUAUCACCUGGAACGACCCAAGACUGUCAUGGCCGAGAGGACAACCAAGAGUUAGCUUACCUUCAUCUAUUAUCUGGUUACCAGAUAUUGUUAUGUUAGGACAGAAAUUCACGAAGGACUUCGAGGAUAAAGCAAUAAUUAAAAAGAAUGGAGAUGUGACGUAUUGUCCUGAGAGUAUGAUUAUGUCUAAACACUGCGAGGGAAUGGCCGGUAACGUUUGGGAAUGCGAAUUCAAACUUGUGUCCUGGUCCUACGACAAAGUGAUGUUGGACAUUUUCUUCCCAAUAGGUAUAAAUGUGCCGGCGAUCGAUACGUCUAUGUAUUAUGAACAUGAAGAGUACGAGAUCGUUAGUAAAUGUGCCAACAGACGCGAGAAGACAUAUCCCUGUAGAGUUGGUACCUACCCAGAACUAACCUACACAUUUGUGAUCAGACGUCGCCAAUCAUAUUGUAGAGAUUUGACCAAAAACCCCACAUGCAAUUCCUAGGAUCUCACUGCGACCUAGUUGCUCCAUAUAAAACAUAUACAGACUACUUUGAAGAUUAUUUUUUGGAUCAAACCAACACAAACACGUUAUUUAGAAAUGUAACUUAACAUUAAUUUAUAAAAAAAAGUGCAGUAGGUUUCAAAUUUGUUUUGUUUUGCAAAGUAAUCGAAUUGUUAAAAUAUCGUAGAAAUACGUGAAUGUAUAUUCUAUUGUUCUUUUUUGUUUCAGCAAAUUAAGUGCUAUAUUUAUGAUAAAAUAUAUAUACAAACUACAUUGUCAUUAUCUGAUAUUUGUAGAGAAGAGAUCAUACAUAUUAAAAAAAUAUGACUUA